GAGGGAGGUUGUCUGAGAUCCUGUAAGGAUUUUGGGGGGGGAAUCCCAAGGAAAGUCCGGAGAAGGAGCGGCAGAGAUGCAGCGAGACGAAACGGACCCCGAGUCCUCCAGCUCCUCGGACGGGGGCCCCGGGGGGGCGGUGCGGGAGCAGCUGGAGACCCUGUGCCGGGAACUCAACCUGGACCUGGAUACCGAGAGGGAAGCUCUGAGGGAUUUCACCUCAACAUGGAGCACGUACAGCCUGGAGGGUGAAAUGAAACAUUGGUUAGCCUGUGCCUUGUAUGCAGCAUGUCGAAAAAGUGUAAUCCCAACUGUUGGGAAAGGACUUAUGGAGGGGAAUGGUGUGUCACUGACUCGUAUUUUGCGUUCUGCAAAGCUAAGUCUUAUUGAGUUUUUUAACAAAAUGAAGAAAUGGAUGGACAUGUCAAACCUACCACAACACUUCAGGGAGCGUGUGGGAAGGCUAGAGAGGAACUUUGAGGUUUCUACUGUAAUAUUUAAGAAAUUUGAACCAAUGUUCAAGGAACUAUUUCAGAAUCCAGAUGAAGAUCCUCCACGGCCCCCGAAAAGCAGAAAGCAGAGGAAAUUGCAGUGCAACGUUAAAUCUCUCUUCAAGUUCUCUUGGACCUUGUUUGUAUAUGCAAAGGGUAAUUUCAGCUUAAUCGGCAACGAUUUGGUUAAUUGUUAUCAUUUGCUCUUGUGCUGCCUGGACCUUGUUUAUGAACACACACAGCAGUGCCCUAAUAAAGAAGAACUGUUGAACCCAGAUUUUGCAGCAAACCUCCCUACUCGGGAUGGUAGCCCAGAGGAUCCACCUUGCAUCAUCACUGCAUUGUGCGAGAUGUACGGUGGAAUUACAGUUGAGGCCAAGGGGAUUAAAGAACAUUACUUCAAACCAUAUAUUGCAAAGCUUUAUGAUAGAAUGAUUUUAAAAGGGGACUGCCUCUUGGAUCUCUCUGCUUUUACAGAUAACAGCAAAGCCUUGAAUAAAGAGUAUGAAGAAUAUGUUCUAACAGUUGGCGAUUUUGACGAGCGAGUGUUUCUAGAAGCUGAUGCAGAAGAGGAAAUUGGAACUCCGCAAAAAUUUUUGUCAAUGUCUACAGGUGUCUGUACACCUCAGAAACGGACAGAAUCAACCAUGCAGCAACAUUUUGAUAAGGAAAGAUCCUUUGCACCAUCCACCCCACUGACAGGUAGGAGAUACCUGAAGGAGAAGGAGGUUGUAAUCACACCUGUUUCUUCAGCAACUCAGUGUGUGACUAAGUUGCAGAACAUGGUUACUGGACUCAAAAAUGCACCAAGUGAACAGCUCAUCAGUGUGUUUAAGUCUUGUGUUCGCAAUCCAAUGGACAAUAUAUUAAAUAUUGUCAGAGAUAUUGGAAAUAGCUUCUGCCAACACUACACACAAUCCACAGAAGAUCAAGCUGGUUCUCAUAUUGAUUUUGCGAUCAAUAGACGUAAACUGGCAGAGAUUUUGUACUAUAACGUUUUGGAAACUAUAGUGGAUCAAGAGUUGCGUAGAUGUCAUGGAAAAGACAUGUCGGUUCUUUUAGAACAUGAUAUCUUGCAUCGAUCAUUGAUGGCUUGUUGUCUCGAAAUUGUACUCUUUGCGUACAGUUCUCCUCGCAUUUUCCCAUGGAUCAUUGAAGUUUUGAAGCUCAGUCCUUUUAACUUCUACAAGGUCAUUGAAGUUUUUAUCCGGUCAGAAGAUGGACUGUCCCGAGAUAUGGUGAAACACCUCAACAGCAUCGAAGAGCAGAUUUUGGAAAGCCUUGCCUGGACAAGUGAUUCUGUUCUUUGGGAGUUGGUGGAAGCUACAGAGACUGUGCCAACUUAUGAAGAGGUUAUGAUUCCCAGCAACUUUGAAUCUGGUAACGAAGCAGGUUUAGGCCAUUUGCCAAUGAUGCCGGCUUCUCCAAUAAUUCACCCUCGUUUGAAAGAAGUGCGAACAGACCUGGGUGGACCUUUCAAGCGGGAUAUGCAACCGCUGUCUCCUCUGUCUGUUCAUGACCGCUACAGUUCUCCUGCUGCUGGAAGCGCAAAGAGGAGGCUUUUUGAUGAUUCUCCAGCAGAGAAAAUUACCACACCAGAUAUCACCAGGAUCAGAAUUACUGUGAAGCCUCUAGAGCGCCUGUGCCUGUCUCCAGAUAAACCGAUUGUACCUAUAGUCCAGAAAUGUAUUUUUCCUGUUCACUUAAAGACAUCACCACAACAUGAAAAUGGGGUUCAGAUCCCUCUGACUGCCCAGGCUCUGAUCAGUCCAUCUACAAAACGCCAGCAGGGCAGAGUCCAGGAAUCCUGUCCAACAUCAGUUGGAAAGCCCAAGAAAACUGGUUCUCUUGCUCUCUUCUUUAGAAAGGUAUACCAUUUAGCUAGCGUUCGUCUGCGAGACUUGUGCUUGAAGUUAGAUGUUUCCAAUGAUUUGAGACGAAAGAUCUGGACUCUGUUUGAGUAUUCAUUAGUCCAUUGCGUAGACCUGAUGAGAGACAGGCACUUGGACCAGCUUCUCCUCUGUGCUGUAUAUAUCAUGGCAAAGAGCGAUGGGUGUGAGACUGAUGAGGAAGUUAUCGAAAGCUUUAAGUGCUUCUUUCAGCUAAGCAGUUACAUAGAAGAUAAUGAAAUAAAAGAUGGGGUCACAAAAGAGGAGAGACUUUUCCAUGAUAUAAUGAAAUGCUACAGGAACCAACCCCAGGCAAACAGCAACGUUUACAGAAGUGUAUUAUUGCGAAAGAUGCCUCAAUCAGCAGCGGCAAGUGAGGAUGUGGAAAUGGCAGAUUGCGAAUCGUCUCAAACACCCUCAAACACUUCCUGUGGCACCAGUGACCAGGUGGAGAGAGGAGACCUCAUCACAUUUUAUAACAAUGUCUAUGUAGAGCGAGUAAAACUAUUUGCACUUCGAUAUGCAGUCAGCAUCUCCGAAAACCUGGCAGAGGCUCCCCCUCUCUCCCCAUUUCCAAGUAUCAAACAGCAAGCAGUGUCUCCUCGACGAGUAUCCCAACAGCACUCCCUUUAUGUCUCCCCUCACAAGAAUACCAGCUGUCUAACUCCACGUUCUGCCCUCCUGUACAGGUUUAACAGGAGUCCUUCAAAAAGCUUGAAAGACAUCAACAUUAUGAUUAAAGAGGAACAGAGAAGCCGGAAGCGAGCUUUAACAAUAGAUAGCGACUCAGAAUCUCCAGCUAAGCGACCAUGCCAGGAGAAUGAUGAUGCUCUCCUGAAACGACUUCAGGAUGUUGUGAGCGAAAGGGCAAAUCAUUAGCAUAUAUAUGCUAUGAGCUGUAUGUUAUGUUUUUCUAUUACUAAGUUUCAUUCACUACAGAUUUUUUUUUUUUUUUUUUUUUUUUAACACAUUGAUUGUUGUGGGUUACUCUGGCAGAAAUGUUACUACAAGGGAUACUUUUCUGCCAAGGAAAAUAUUAAUGGGGUCCCCCCACCCCUACAAAUACCACUCAUUACAAUUUUGUUUUUUUGUUUACCAACCUCUGCAAAAAUGAUGUAUCGCGCACAAACCUACUACAUCCUGGAAGAAAUGGUAAAUUUUCAAAAUACAUCUUGGUUGAUUGUCUCCAAAUCGUGGCCUGGUGUUAGGAUUAAAUAAAGUUUCCAUUAUCUAAGAAUGGUCAAUAGAAAACACCUGUUUUGGUUCUUUUUACUUCAUUUUCAUUGCAUCAUGUCUGAGAUGAAUUUUAGUUUACUGCUUGUCUGUAUUUUUUUGUUUUUUGUAGGGGUGGGGGGAAGGAUUUACUUUUUAUUUUUUUAAAUUCUAACUAGGCCAUCCAGCAUUUCCAUUAAAUCUUUUAGUCCUUUCAAAAUGUUACAUUACUGAAAAAUAAAGUAAAAGUAUUUUUAGACUUUAAUAUAGUGCAGAGAGUUGCUAAUGUUUAAAUUUACUUUUAAUUCUACAUUUUUAAGAACCCGUUUUGUCACCUUAUCUUAGUCCAAAAUAAAAUUUUGUUAGGACAAGAGGCAAAAUACUAUUAGCUUGUUUUUUCUGUGCUUUUAAGAGUUGCAUCUCACUUGAGAUCUUUUUUGCCAACAUCUGUUGUGAUAUAGGCAUCUUCCAAUCCGAUCGGUGAUUGUGAAGUGCAAUAUCAGCUAACGGAAUGUGGAUUUAAAAGACUCUUCAUCUGGCUGCUUUCUUUAGACAGCAUGCUUAUUUUUAUACAACUUUUCAACUGGCUGCUUACUUAAGAGCAUGCUUUUCAAGUAGUAAGAAGCAUAUUUCUAUGUAUAGAACUGUUGCUUUCCUACAUCUUUAUGAUAUUUAAAAUGAAAGAAAAUAUUUCAAACUCUCAUCCUUUGGGCGUCCUCUUUUGUGCAUUUGAGCUAACCUGUGUUGUGUAGCAUCUACACGUGUAAUGAGAUUGUAUGUAUUGUAUCUAUUUUUAACAUCUUUUACGCCUUCUUGUACAGAAUUGUAUGCUGAUGUAAAGUUUUAUGUUGCAGCAACUUUUCAGAUAAAAAAAAAUAAAUAAAAUUUAAAAAUUAA